AAGGAGCUGUGGGUACGCGAAUCGAAGGAGGCGCUUUGGCACCAAGCAAGCAAGCAGCAAGCAAAGGAGCACCACCUGGCGCCAGUAGGUUGCCAGGUUGCGGCCAUUAGUCUUGCCGCCAUGGCGGAUACAUUGCAGCUGCAGGUCUACCAGAUCUUGGGGAGGUUAUUCAGCCCGGUAGUGCCAAAAGUCUGGACAGAAGAUGAGUGUCUGCGACAGCGGCUGGGACACGCCUCAGUGGAACGACCACCGGGACUACUCAUCUGGAUCCACGGCGUCUCGCUCGGUGAAACCCUCGCCGCGCUUCCGCUCGCCGAGCACUGUCUUGCCGCAAUCCCAUCCGCCCAUGUGUUGAUGACCACCGUCACUCAAGCGGGCAUGGACCUCCUCCGGCGGAGAAGGCCGGAGCGCGCCAGCUGUCAGUUUCUGCCACUGGACACCCCUCAAGCCGUCGGACGUUUCUGGUCCCAUUGGCGCCCAGACGCAGGCAUCUUCUUGGAAGGGGAGCUGUGGCCGACGCUCAUCCACACAGCACAGGCCAACAAGUGUCCUUUGGUUUUUGUGAAUGCCCGCAUGGGCCCCCGUUCCUUCCGCCGUUGGUCCUACCCCUUCCUCCGGCCCCUAGUCCGGGAGAUGCUCCAGCGCUUCCACGUCAUCUGUCCGAUCGACACCCACGAAGCGAUCCGGUUGCAGCUCCUGGGGGCCAGCGCCGGGCAGAUCCGGUUCGCCGGCGACCUCAAAUACGCUUCUGCAGGGUAUGCCGUCUCCCCUCCCGCCACUGAUGAGCCCAUCAGGGCCGCCGCGGGCCGCCCCAUCUGGAUCGCAUCCAGCACCCACGAAGGCGAAGAGGAGGUAAUCUGCUCAGUCCACCUUCAACUUUCCCCGACGCUUCCGGCUCUGCUGACGGUCCUGGCCCCCCGGCACCCCGCCCGCUGCGCCACCGUUGCGGCCAUGCUCCAGCGGGCCGGCCUGACCGUCGCCAGGCGUUCGCUGGGAGCGGCGAUAACGCCAAAAGUGAACGUCUACCUAGUCGACACGCUUGGCGAGCUCGCGACGCUUUACGCCUUGGCGCCCGUCGCUUUCGUGGGCGGUUCUCUCUUUCCGCACCUCGCGGGGCACAAUCUGGCGGAACCGGCGGCCAGCGGCUGCGCCUUGCUCACAGGUCCGCAUGUUGGGCACUUUCAGGGCAUGGUCCGUGAGUUGGGCGAUGCGGUGCAGCAGUUGGCCGAUGCGGGGGAGCUCUCCUCCGCACUCCAAACGCUCUUCUCCAACUCCUUGCUUCUAAAAGCUCGACGAAACACGUCCCGAGAGACGUUUCAGAGACUCAGCGCGCAGAUUAUACAGAGAGUCUGGGCGAACAUUGCCCCAUCUCUUUUUGGACCAGACGUGCAUCUUGACGAGAGUCCGAUAACCUCAGAACUGCGGAUAUAAAUCUUGGCUAAGCUGUUGACGUUACCUCAGUUCUCCUCUGUGA